GAUGAUAAUUUUUUUAAAAAUAGAGCUACACACUUUAUUGGGAAACUUUAUAACAGUAAAUGUAUUACUUGUUCAGCUGUUCAAAAUAUAAUUGCAGAUUCCUCUGAACUUUUACAACUAAUAACAAGUCAUACCGAAGAAAAAUUAAAAAAUUUUAUUCCAAUCCAAUUUCAUUCAAAUAUUGAUAAAUGUUUAAAUUUCAAUCCUGAAUCAUUUUAUCUUGGAGAAAUAGAUGACGAUAGAAAUGUUAAUGGUAAAAUAAUUUUAACAAAAAAAAAAUGUUACGGUCAAAUAAUAUCGAUAAAAGAUGUACUUUUUCAUUAUUUUCAAUUGCCUUAUGUUUUCGAAAAAAUAACGAAAUAUGUCAAAGUUGAAUCAUCAAAAACUUCAUCACUUUAUUCUAGUUUAUAUCAAGGAAAGGUAUGGAAAAAUAUAAUGAAAUUAUACAAAAAUAAAAUUGUUAUUCCUCUGUACUUAUACUACGAUGACUUUGAGGUUUGUAACCCACUGUCUACAGCUGCAGGGAUUUAUAAAAUUGGAGGACUGUACUUCUCGAUUGCCGCUUUAUCACCUGAAUUCUCAUCUUCUGUUGAUAGCAUUUUUUUAGCUCAAUUAUUGUAUACUUCGGAUUUAAAAACAUUUGGAAAUGAGAAAUGCUUCUCUAAUGUUAUUGAACAAUUGACUGAUCUUGCAAACACAGGGGUUUCUAUUAUUAUUGACGGUGACACAAAGCAUUUAUUUUUUGUGACUGUGGGAAUAUUAGGUGAUAAUUUAGGCGUUAAUAGUAUUUUUGGUUAUAAUGAAAGUUUUGUAGCGACAUAUUUUUGUAGAUUUUGUCAAGCAUCAAAAGCAGAAUGUUAUCAACAAUGUAAAGAGGAUGUAAAAUUAUUACGUAACUGUGAAAACUAUGCAGAAGAUGUUAAAAAUUUAUCUCACGGAGUUAAAGAAUCUUGUGUUUUUGACAAACUACCAUUUUUCCAUCAUGUUAUUAAUGCUACGUGUGAUGUUAUGCAUGAUUUUUCACUAGGCGUAUGUAGGUACGAUAUGGCAAAAAUUAUUAAACAUUGUAUAGAUGAGAAAUACUUUACCUUACAACAAUUAAAUGACCGAAUAAAAUACUUUGAUCAUUCUGAAUUUGAUCACGGCAAUAAAGUAUCAACUAUAUCAAAAAACCACAUUCAAAAUGGUUGUAUAAUAAUUACAGCGGCUGAAAUGUCUUGCUUAGUAACAUAUUUUGGAAUUAUUAUUGGCGAUUUAGUUCCCUUUGAUGAUCCAGUAUGGGAAUUAUACUUGUGUUUGUUUGAUAUUUAUGAUAUUGUUAUGAGUUCAACAAUUUCCCAAAGUGAAAUAAUUCAUUUGGAGCAACUAAUAAAAUUGCACAAUCAAUUAUACAUUGAAUCUUUUUCAGAAAAUCUGAAGCCUAAGCAUCAUUUAAUAUUACAUGUCCCGUCUAUAAUAAAAAAUAUGGGACCGGCAAAUGAAUUUUCAUGUUCAAAAUAUGAAUCCUUCCAUAAGCUUUCAAAAGCACAGGCUAACAUUGUGAAUUCGCGUGUUAAUAUUAUUUGUACUGUAGCACUUAAAAUCCAACUGCAUCUUUGUUAUAAAUUUAUCAGUGAAAGUGGUUUAGAAGAUCGCAUUGAAUAUGGUGAUGUUAGUGACCUUGACAAUUAUACAGAUAAUGCUUUUUCUUUUUGGAAAAGUAUUGAAAAACACUUUGUUUCGUGGCUUAAAGUUAAUGGAACACUUUAUAAGCCUAGCUAUUUGAUUUACGUAAAAAAUGAUGAUAAUAACGACCCAGUAUUUGGUUUUAUUACUAAUAUAAUUAUUUGUAACACGAAUUAUAAUGUUUUAACCACGGUUUUU